CCAAUGUAGAGCUCUAAGAUGGCAUUUGAGUAUUCUGGGGGAGAAGAGGGGUUACUUUUUGUGCCCAUUUUUCUCCUUCGAGUAGUGAAUCAGAGCAAGGCUUUGUUAUGCCAGGGAACAGAGGAGAUUACAGGUGGGGUGUAGCUCUCCUGGGCUGAGCCCUGCACUCCUUGCACUUUUCAUUUACUCAGGCCAAACUUUCACUCAGAGGUAAGUGAAGCCAAGAAAAAGUGAAGUUUCGUCUGGGGUUUAAGGAGGAGGAUCCAGAGCAGUAAAGUAAGCGUAAGGUAAUAAAAAGGUCAGCUGAGGAAUGAAUUUUUAACAAAUGUUUAAAAUACAAUGAAAGUGAUAAUAGAUGUGUUGGAAAGUAUGACACUAUACGCAAGAAGAAGUGUGUUUUUCAAGUCCUUAUUUAAACAGUUUAUAAAGCUAAUUAUGAAAGCUCAUUUGUGACUUUUGGAACACCCACCGUUGUGUUUCAUAUAUAUGUACAUGAUCAAAUACCAUUAGCUUCCACUGGAAAUUAUAGUAGCUUAUUCUGUCCCUGCAUAUCUGCCAGUUUGUCUGGAAUGACAUGAUCAUGCUACAGACUGUGCAGGGUGACUGCUUUUAUCAGAUUUAAGUUAGCAGUUAAAAACAUGGUAGUAAUAGAGACACCUGAUUGUUCAGUGUAAAAACAAAGGAAAUAUGGCAACUUGUUUUCUCUUUUAACAGCAUUUUUUUCUCAUACUGGUUUAUAAAAUCUAUCUAAUUUUGAAGAUAAAAACUUAAAUCCCAGUAUUUUAGACUGCCACAAGAAACAAAAGAAAAUGUGGACUGAAUUUAAGAAAUCUUAUUUAGAUAAGGACAUCUGUUACAUUUCUAGGUAAUUGCUAAGGGAUAUUUUUUAGCUGUACUAGUAUAGUUAUUUAUGUGUGUACAUAUGUGUCUAUAAAUACAUAAACAUGUACACAUACAAGUAAAAUUAUAAAUACUUAAAAUAUCUUAUUUCACAUGCUUGAUACAUCAUGAUGAACCUCUUCAGUGACGUCAUGAGAAAUAAAAAUAAUAACUGGCAAGUUCAUAGGUGCCACAUGAUAAUUAUUUCUCUCCUGUAGAGGGAUAUAAAUGGCAUCACACAUAAACACACCAUCCAGAAAGUGUAUUUGUGCAUGUGCUAAACUUAGUGAUUAAUAGCACAGCAUUGAUUCUUAAACAGUCAUUCCAGUUUUUAUGAACUGUCCAUUUUUCAAUAUUUGUCUCAGAGGAAUGAUUUUCUAAGUGACACAAACACUGUAUGACUCCCAGUUCUUAUUAAAUGAUCUGAGGGCUCGUGAAAUCCUUGCUUUUUAUACUAGUGAGUUAGAUUGCUUUCUGAGACAGAUUCUUUGUCUUACCUAAUGGGUAUUUUUGCAUGUCAUGAUAUACAGAUAAAGAUGUUUCAAUUCUUAUCUGCAUUUUUUCCAUGCACAGGAAAAGAAAAUCUUUCCCUUCACAAUCCUUAUGCAAGCUUACAAUUUAACAGUUGCUUUGCUCUGUAUUUCAGCAGCACUGAGAUUAAUACUGUACAACUGAAGUUUAAGUCAUACUACAAAAGCUUGGAGUUCUCAGCUAAAAUACUGAGUUGUGGCUGUUUAAACUUAGAUUUGGGUAUUUUAUUGUUGAACUUAAUGGUGACAACUCAAACAUUCUGUGAGCUCUGUGAGCUCCAUGGUUUUGUUUUGUGUCAUUUAAUUAUUAUUUGUAUCAAGGCAACCCUUUAAAAUUCUUGAUGUGAUUUUUGGCUGAGUUAUAUUGGCUUAAAGAAAAUUUGCUUGGAAAACUUACUGACACUGAAGAAAAAUACAGGACCUGCAUUUCUGAGAACCCUCCAGCCAGCGGAGAUAUGAAUCUUUGCAUUGCUCUUGGAAAUUAUGUCCUUCCUGUAUUAUGUACCACGGGUAAUACACAUUGGUUGUGAAGGCAAUGACUGCUGCAGUUCACCUGUGUGUGGUUAAGAUGCUGUGAAGUAUCUGGUCACUGUUCAAGCACUUCUCUGUGUACAGGGUCAAUUUGCACACUCUGAUCUACAGAAAUAAAUUUUUAAAUUCAUUUAAGUAUUAGAAUAGCUUUUUAUAAGUGCAUACUUUAAGAAAUGCAUAGUGUCACAUUUUUAGUGUCCUCAAUAAAGCCUGGGCAAUAUUGACCUGUAGUAAAAAGAGAAAAAAAAUCUUAAGUAGUUAUUAGUGAAUGAAGGAUGAUUGAGAAUAAGUUAGAUGGUAUUAUUUGUCAUCUUUACAAGUUAUUUUUCUUUCACUAAUCACUAGAUAAUUCUUCAGAAAAGCACAAAAAACCCCUGCUUUUGUUAUAGUCAUCACUUGGUGAUCUUAGUAAGAGAUACACUAAAGUGAAAAGGGAAAAAAAAAAAGAUUGCUACCUCUGUGCACCUUACAGUGCAGGGUUUAUCAUUUCUCAUGAGCACAGACUAAUUUUUUUGAACAAUAGAAGGUACCAUCUGUCUUUAUAAAGAACAGUGUGUGGCCUCUGUGCCAUUGGAUGCAAAGGUAAUGGCAGCCAUUCUGAAAAUGGACCAUAAUUUAUGAAUUAAAGAAGAUUUAAUGUGCUAACUUUUGCUGAUUAAUAAACUUUUUAUUACAAGUAUUAGUAACAAAAGAACAAGCCACAACUUUGACUACUCAUUAUCUGAGCUGCCUGUUUUGCUUGGUCUGGAUAGAAAACAAAAAGCGAAGCAGAGGGAACUGAACGGAGGCACAGAAUAAUGCAAAGGACAGAAGAGAAAUGAAAUACUGAAUUUAGUGUUAUGCUAAACUACUUGAAUCCAUCAAAUAUAACAUUAUUAAUUUCACUGUUCCUACAUUUUACUACUCAAAAUGAGAACAUUCCCAAAUGGCAGAUUAGUUCUGACCAAAGAUGAAACUAAAUAGAGUGUGUCUUCAAAUGGUUUGGUAAAAAAGAUACAAAAUUAAUUAAUGAUUCUGUUAAAAAUUAAUACUGCUCAAGACUAAAAUUACUUCACCUUCCAAAAUAUUGUAAACUUCACAAAAUUAGGAUUGAGGAUUAAAUUUUAAAAUAAUAUAAAUAUAUUAAAUUAGGAUUAUAAAAACAAAAGUAUUCUAACAAUUUAUUCAGUUUUGGGCUACUAUUUUGAGAUUAAAAAAAAAAAAAAGAUUUAAAAUUGUUUUAGGACCUGAGACACUAUUACACAAAAUUGACAUUUCAUUGUUGUUAUCAUCUACAGUUUAUUGUUCUCUGCUGGAAAAGGAUUUAGUUAUAUUAAAGGAAAUGUGCUUUUGUAGAUUAUCAAAUAUCUAUUUUUUAGGGGGAGUUUUUGUUGAGUCAACUUUGUGGGGAUAAAAAGUGAAUUAGUAUUCCAGGAUUUACAAAACCACAAAAUACGAAUGGGUGUGUUGUGUCCUUUUGUGUGACAGUAUGCUAUCUGCAGUUAUUGGUAUUUCAUUGCCUCAUAGUAAAGUUAUUAAAAAGGUAACUUGAAUAACCUUAACUAAAAGACUGACAGAAGUUCAGUACAGACUUUGGAAAUGCUUCAUCUGGAAAACCAGUGACAUCAUUGUUGGAAAUCACAGUAAAUAUACUACCAAGACUAAUACUUUUUCUCAGUGGUAAUAUCCUACCUGUCAUGAUGAAUGUCUUUUCUUCUUGGGAAUUGUAAGAUACAUGGGUAUUUUGACAAAAGUAUAAGUAUAAAAAUAAAAAGAUUAAAGUGUAAUUCAGCUGUAUUUAUGAAAUAUUUGGAGAUUUUUAAACAAGAAGAUAAUUAUACUUUUCCAGUAGUGGUGUUUUGUUUUUCUUCUCCAUACAAACUGUUAUAUUUGAAUGAUAAUUAUUCUGUAAGUAUUUCUGAAGGUAUUGAAAUUAGGUGAAACUUUUGCAUUUUGUUUUCAGUUGAAGGUUGACAUAUAAACCACAGGUGUGUUCAUUAGAAGAAUAAAAUGUACUUCUUACAUAUAUUCUAAUAUUCUUACAUGCAUUCCAAUUAGGAACAGGCCAAGGAUAACAAAAGUGACACCAGCAGGUAUCAGCUUGUUUCUCAAUUGAAGACAGCUUGUGAGAAAUCUGGUCAUGUACUUUAAGCCUUUCCAAAUCAGAAGUUCUGUCACUGCCUAGAAUUGGACAUAGGAAGCCCAUCGUACAUGAAUUGUUGGAAACUACUGAGAAGCUAUACACCAAUUGUUUGUCACAGAAUGAAGGUUAUAGGGUGUAAUUUUGUAUUCCUAAGAAAAUCUCUGUGCACACUUUGUAAAGUGCCUUUUUUUUUUUUUUUUUUUUAAUAAUGUUGCAGUACAGGUGGUUCAGUAACACCAGCUGGCAGGACAGUAAGGAAAAUGCCAUAGAAACUUUUCCACCAUUCCUCUCAGAAGUUCUGAUUCUUCCCAAUAUUUCAGGUUAUAAAUCUGAAACAAUGGGUGACUGGAGCUUUCUGGGGAGACUGUUAGAGAAUGCACAGGAGCACUCCACAGUUAUUGGCAAGGUUUGGCUGACGGUACUGUUUAUCUUCAGGAUACUGGUGCUGGGGGCUGCUGCUGAGGAGGUCUGGGGAGAUGAGCAGUCAGACUUUACAUGCAACACUCAGCAACCUGGUUGCGAAAACGUUUGCUAUGACAAAGCCUUCCCCAUUUCUCACAUCCGCUUCUGGGUGCUGCAGAUCAUUUUUGUGUCCACUCCAACCCUCAUCUACCUGGGCCAUGUGCUGCACAUUGUACGAAUGGAGGAGAAGAGGAAAGAGAAAGAAGAGCUGAAAAAGAAGGGAAGCGUCAAAGACAGCAACUACCCAGGAGCAGCAGUGUCUGGCAGUGGUGGUGGAGGAGGCAGCAAUAGCUUCAAGGAUCCUCUUGGCAAAAGGGGAAAAGAGAAGCUCCCGAUCCGUGAUGAACGUGGUAGAAUCCGUAUGGGGGGUGCCCUGCUCCGUACCUAUGUCUUCAACAUUGUUUUCAAGACACUGUUUGAGGUGGGAUUCAUUGUGGGUCAGUACUUCCUAUAUGGCUUUGAGCUAAAGCCAGUUUAUCAGUGCAGCCGCUCACCUUGCCCACACACUGUGGACUGCUUCAUCUCAAGACCCACUGAGAAGACCAUCUUCAUCAUCUUCAUGCUAGUGGUGGCCUCUGUCUCCCUGCUGCUGAACAUGCUUGAGAUAUAUCACUUGGGGUGGAAGAAGCUUAAGCAGGGCAUGACAAGCCGGUACAGCCUUGAGAUGCCUGUUGCCACAAUGACACCAGUCAUGGUAACAGGAGAGUCCAAACCUGUUGCCCUGCCACCCCCAGCACCACCCGUGGUGGUAACGACUGUCGUGCCCACCCCUGUUCUGCCUGACACCCGUGCUGUCACACCGUUGCUGGCCCCAGUGACCAUGGCACCGUACUACGCUGCAGCUGCUCCAAGACCACGGCCCCCCUCCAACACGGCCUCCGUGGCCAGCUACCCUGUUGUUCCACCAGUUCUUGAGGAGAGGCACCGUGCUGUGACCCCCACACCCAUCUCCACUCCCAUCACCAUCCCGACCCCCAUCCCCACACCAACACCAGCCGUCAUCAACUACUUCAACAGCAACAACCAUGCCAUGGUGGCUGAGCAGAAUUGGAUCAACAUGGCACCUGAGCAGCAGGGGAAGGCACCCUCCAGCUCCACAGGAUCCUCUACCCCCAGCAGUGUCCGGCAUCCUCUUCCUGAGCAGGAAGAGCCACUGGAGCAGCUACUCCCACCCCCAGUGGGGCCGCCCAUUGCUGCAGCCAACAGUGGCAGCAGCACCAGCCUGAGCGGGGCAAGUGGCAGCAAGUGGGAUGUGGAGGGUGAGGAGGAGGUGUCAGAAGUACGGCCCGUCUCGCCUGCCUGCACCACUGUGGAGAUGCAUGAGCCACCGCUGCUCGUAGACACGCGGCGCUUGAGCAGGGCCAGUAAGUCGAGCAGCUGCAGAGCCAGGUCAGACGACCUGGCCGUGUAGUGCGGUCGCCUCUGCUCUGAGGAGCAGGUGGUGGAAGGCAGAGAGGGCAGGGGAGCUGCUCAAGGCAGCCAGGCCUCACGUGGUGGGAUGGCCUGGGCUUCAAACUUUGACGCUUGCUGUUUUUGCACUCUGUGAGUUGUAGUGGGAAAAAGUAUCAACAUUUUCUAAUAGGUCAGGGGUGACCAAAGCACAGCCCAUGGGCCAGGGGACCGAUCACACUUCCCUUCACAUGUUGAUGGCAGAUCUCCCAAAGGCAACUGUGGGGGAGGCCCGCACAGAUAAGAGGUGGUGAUGGUUGCUGGUCAUGUGUCCAGGGGCUGAAUUUCAUCUGAGAAAAAUGUUAAUAUCCCCAGUGCCCACGUGGCUGCCUGUCAUCUCCCUCUUGCCCUUGCCUUCACUUCCACCCUUCUUCACAUAAGCUCUACACGAGCAGAUGCAAUGACUUAUUUUCUUCCCCUUAAAUCUUGCAUAGCCCUGUGGUAAACAUCAGGGUGGCGUAUUGCCUAUUGGCACCUGUCACCUCACAGGACCAACUUGCCGUAUUAAAGGUGACUCAGUCUCUUCCAUAUAGCAUGACUUAAUGAAGCCUUUGUGCUCAUGGCAAAUUGCCAGUGUGGUCCUUGGCCAGGCAGAGUUUAGGUAACCCCUGUAAUAGAUUUUUGAGGUUCAUCUUUCUAUAAUUUUUUUUACUCUUGACCUGUUAGGAAGUGUUCAGUUUGACCUAGUCAGUGUUUGCCAACCAUGAUCACACCAUGUUUUUAAGCCUACAAAUAUGUUUGAACAUGUUUGAUUAUAAUUUUAGAUGACUCCUGAAAUUGCUUAGAGGAGGACAGGAAUUUAAACCACACCUCAGAAAUUAUUACACGGAACAAUUUCUCUUCAGAAAGCAAGGAUUAUGAUUUCAAUACACUGUGGCCCUAUACAUUGCCUGUGGACAGACAAUAGGAUAAAGUACAGCUCUGCAUUUUAGACUAUUAGGUAUCGGCUUAAGUUUGUUGGGAAAAUGCUUUUUAGAAGUAAACUUGAGUGCAUAUUUUUAAGUAUUUGAAUAUUUUGAGAAUUAAUUUUGAUCUGUAGGUUUAAAAUUACUAGACUGUGUAAUUAAUCAUUCUAGUUUGAUCUUACAAGAAAAUGUAAGGGGAAAGACACUUAUUAAUGGCAAAAUUCCCAAAGUAACAUUAUUUCCUGUUGUGUCCUACCCUUUCCUUUAACUACAGUCUGUUGUGUCUUACAGGUCAGUGAAAAAAGAUUUAGACAAUAUUGUAUUGCAGAAAAGGUGGCUAAAAUAUCUGUACCACAUGCUAGUGGCUGAUGGGUCUGUUCUGAUCAAACUGAAGUCACUUGCAGAAUUUCCAUUCAAUUUAACAAGGAGCAAGAUUUGAGGAUGGAUCUUACAGGCCUUAUUCAAGAAAAACUAACAUUCCCAUGGAGUCUUGGGAGCUAGAAAGAAUGUAGAUUUGGGGCCUUAGAUAAAGACAUUAAAAUCCUGCUUUUGAAAAUUAUGUUUCCCUUGAAAAAUGGGUGGAGGAAACUACUGGUAUUUUUUUUUUCUAAAGUGCAGCUUUCCUUACAACUGGCUCUGUUCUUUAUUCCUUUGUAACAAGUACUCUCACAGACAUUAGUCAGAAUUUUGAAUGCCUGAUAAGGCUCAGGAGAGUUUGGGUACAAAAGGAAUGCAGGAUUAGGCCCAACUUCUGUUCUAAUUAAAAUCCAAAAGAACUGAAGCUUGAAGUCAGUCCUAUUGCUGCUAUAAAUCAAAAGUACUGUGAUUGGAGAAGAGCAGUCAAACACACUGGGCUAACUCUUUGCAUCUUCAAAGUGUUUGGCCUGGCAGAGGAGUCCUUAUUUAAGCAAGUCAUGGUCACCCUGUGGCAAGCAGUUACAAUUGCCAGUUACCUCUGCUGUUAAAUGUUUUCCUGAAUGUGUUCAAUUUAUUCAAGUGUUAAAAUAUAUUUCCAGCACUCAAGAUUAAACCCGUAUUUUUACUGCUUUCUGAGUAGACACAAGUAAACCCUGUGUAGUUUCUCAUGAUCAGAAGCACUGUUCUGCAACUCUUGGCCAUGAUGUCUCAUCAUUACUUCCUUGACUUGCCUGUGAUGAACCAGGUGAGAAGUCUUUCUGCCGCCACUGACUUUGGGGGCAGACACUGCAUUAAAAAUCAAUGUACAGUAGUACAAUAAAGGUAUUUCCUAUUAGGUGUUAAGCUUCA